CAGAGCUGCAGGACCACGCAGGUUUGCAUCCAGUGGAAAACACUUGGCGUUGCCAUGCUGAGCACCUGCGAGGAGCUCAAACGUUACACUAAGACGUUUUCUGAAGGCACAGCUUCCUGACGGUUUGACAGCUCAUGUUCAUGUGCACGUAAAGCUUUCAGGUCGACACGUCAGCGGUAGCAGCUGAACGCUAACCCAAAUGGGCUGCUCUUCCCAAGACCAGGAACAGGCGAUAAAGUACUCAACUGGACAGCUUUAAAGCUCAAGAUGGGAAGUCACGCCUAUUUAAGCCGGAACAAAGCGUGCUGGUGAAGCUACAGCGAUUCACUCAGCUCACCGUCAUUUAGCGACAGGACCGCCACCUUGCUCCAUGAGACCUUUAAACAUUGCUAUUUAUUAAUUCCGCUGAAAAAGCAAAACAAAGCUACAGGACAUGUGGAUGCAAUUCGCUAUAAUCACCACUAGAGGUGCGCCGAGAAGAGACUGAGAGUAAGAGGACCAUCUUCUUCGUUGGUAAUGGAAGAUGCACCAAGAAUUGUGGUAAACAGCACCGGGGCCUUGAGGAAUCGCCAGAAGUAACACAGUCCUGAUUGCUGUUGUUAGCAGAGGUAGCUGUGUAGAUUUGGGUAAAACCAGGGCGAGGCGUUUCUGCGUGGGAGUUACUCGUAUGUUCUCUGGAUCCUACUCACAGUUUCAAUUUGAUCUUUAGGAGAUUGCACUACUCCAAAGAAAAAGCUAUUCAUGACUUCUUUGUGUAUGUGAAUGUUUGCCAGGUCACGUCAGCCCCCCCUCAUACACAUGAGUGCCGUUUUCUCCUCGCGCUGGGCCAAGCGCCAUGCCUGACCGGGACAGUUCCUACCUGUCAGGUGGUGGUGGGAGUGCUGGUAGUCUGGGUGAGGAAGGAGGACCUGGGUCUGGUUUGGCGGGUGGAUCAGCAGAGGGCAGAGGAGGUUUAGGUGGAAGUGUCGGAGGCAACGUCUCUGGUUCUGGGAGCAUGGGGGGAGGAGGUGCGCUUGGAAAUGGGAACAGUUGUGGGAACGGUGGAGGGCAAGGUGCUGGACUGGCGCUGGACGGUGUCUGCAGAGACUUCAUACGCAAUGUCUGUAAGAGAGGGAAGCGCUGCCGCUUUAGACACCCAGACUUCAAUGAAGUGCCAGACUUGGGAGUGCAAAAGAACGAAUUCAUCUUCUGUCAUGACCAUCAGAAUAAGGAGUGCAUGCGCUCCAACUGCCGCUUUGUCCAUGGCUCCAAGGAGGAUGAGGACUAUUACAAGAAAACGGGAGAGCUACCCCUGAGACUGCGAGGGAAAGUUGCCGCACGACUGGGCCUUUCCCCCAUGGAUCUCCCCCAUAGCCGUGGGGAGGUCCCUAUCUGCAGAGACUUCCUGAAGGGAGAGUGCCAGAGGGGCAAUAAAUGUAAAUUUCGCCAUGUCAAAAAAGACUAUGAAUAUGAGCCUUCCAGGGUUGGAGUGGGUGGUGUUGUGGGGCCAGGUGCCAGUGGAAUGGUGAAUGUUGGGGGAGGGAUAGGUGGUGGAGGAGGAGGUGCCUGUGGAGGAAUGCAAGGACUUGUGGGAGGUGGAGGUGGAAGUAAUAUGAUGGGGAUGGGUUGCCCCAGCCUGGGUGGGUGCAGGGAUCCAGGUAUCUCAGGAGUUGGCGGAGUAGGUGGAGGUGGGAUGAGCGGUUGUCUGUCCAUAAGUUCUGCAGGGCAACGACGUUACGACAGGAGCUCGUGCUCAGUGUACGACCCUCUGCUUGAGAGUGGGCUGUUUGAUGCCGGCUCCCUGGAGGCCUCUAUGGACCACACUGCUCUGCAGCUGAAGAGGCGGCGGUUGGAGGGUCUGCGCCUGACAGAUGGGAGUGGAGGUGGGCACUAUGAGCUGGGAGUCCAAGCCACGCUGCCACCACGUCCUCUGGAGUACAGGUUCCUGGAGGAAGAAAACUCCCUGCUUAGGAAGAGAGUGGAAGAGCUGAAGAAGCAGGUUUCGAAUCUCAUUGCCACAAAUGAGGUUCUUCUGGAGCAGAACGCCCAGUUCCGUAGCCAGGCCAAAGUGAUGACGCUGUCCUCCACCCCUGCACCCACUGAGCAGAGUCUGGCGCCCCCUGUGGGUGCAGUAAGUUCCUACAAUCAUGGCAUCGCCCAGACUCACACCACCCUGAGCAGCGCUGGACUACAGCCUCGGCCCGUCACCCAGCAAGACCUGGUAGCGUCUACUGGCGCACCUGCGGCACCCCCAACUAAUGCUGCUCCACCUACGGCCCCUCCGCCUCACCUCAACCCGGAGAUCACCCCCCUCUCAGCAGCCCUUGCACAGACCAUUGCUCAGGGGAUGGCACCCCCUGUUUCUAUGGCACCGGUGGCUGUAUCUGUGGCACCAGUGGCAGUGUCCAUGACGCAGCCACUGCCUGGCAUCACCAUGAGUCACGCCACCACCCCGAUGGUGUCAUACCCCAUUGCGAGUCAAAGCAUGAGGAUCACCACUCUGCCUCACUAACUGAUGAAGUGCAGGACUGUAGUACCCACAAGUCAGUCUGUAGCAUCCUGAACAUGGGUUUUUAACAUAGAUGGUUUUCUUUUAUGUUAUGUUAUGCAAGACUCAACAGAUGUCAGAUCAGCGACUGUCUAUGCCUCCAACAGUGAGGCGUCACUGUAACGGUGAGUUUCUCCACCAGAGGGCAGGAUAGAGACUAAUGUAUUUUUCCCUGACUGACCUGAGAACAGCCUGUGUACCAAAGGGAUCUCUUUGAAACAUUGGUACCAAAAAUGGCAACAAACUGCAAAAAAAAAAAGAAAAGUGACAUCUUCCCCAGUGUUUGAACCAUCUCUACUGGACUGCUGUGCCGUCCGUGUGAGGACAUGAAGGCUUUGGAAGUAGUUUGUGUUUAUAUUUUUGUGGAUCGCUCCGGUGUAAAUUCACUUUGGUACUUUGCAAAAAUAACAAACAUUC